CCAAAUAGUUAAAUAGAGGAUAAGCAGAGACUUAAGCAUUUCUGCACUGGAAGGUCAGCUUGUUGGAGACUUCACCAGUUUAGAGUCCUGUGGCUGAGACAUCAGUAACAUGUUCCUUCCAUCUGUCUUCCUGCUGCUCGCAACGCUUUCUUGUAGAGUUUUGAUGUCUUAUUCUUCAGAGUGUAACAUGUUUAUGGCCCUGUCACACUCUAUUUAUUCCUGCCAGGCCCAAGGCUUGUUAACAGUUCCCUCUGCUCCUCCAGACACUCAAGUACUUUUGCUUAAUUUUAACCGUAUCUCAUCCAUUUCAAAUGACUCUUUCCCGACCCUCCCAAAGCUACAAGGCCUGUUGUUGGGUGGACAGAACAUAAAAGGGCCUUUUCACAUAGGGAAAGGUGCUUUCUACAACCUACCUAACCUUACAUCCCUUGACCUUGGAGGCAACCGCAACCUCAGCCUGCACCCAGAGGCCUUCAAGGGUCUUUUUAAGCUUGAAGUCCUAAUUCUAGACUAUAAUGGACUUGAUGAAUCUGUUUUGGAAUCCAGUUUGUUUGGUGAACUGUUCUCUCUGAGGAAGCUUGAUCUUUCUUAUAACAACAUACACAGGCUACAACCCGAUCCCAUUUUUCUAAGGCUGAAGUCAUUUUCUACCAUUAUUUUAAAAUCCAACAAAAUCAGCCAAUUGUGUGAAAAUGAUCUUAAAUACUGGAGAGGGAGAAGGAUGGAGCUCCUUGAUCUCUCAAAUAAUCCACUACAAGUGUCUAAUGCAUCGCGGUGCGCUAAUCCUUUUGUGAACAUAACCUUGGGCACCCUAGAUCUAUCAUCCAUGGCCUGGAAUGCAGACACGUUUGGACAAUAUUUCAGGACGAUUUCGGGUACCCAGGUGAAGCAUAUUAAGAUGAGUCACAGCGCAGUGUUGGGAAGUGGAUUUGGAUUCAGAAAUCUGAAAAACCCAGACGGAAAUACCUUUGCAGGUCUCGGCGCAAGUAAUGUUUAUAUUCUUGAUUUGUCCCAUAGUUUUAUUUCACAACUUAGCCCUGGUGUCUUUUCUGCUUUCACCAAGCUAUUGUCCCUUGAUCUGUCUUCUAGCAAAAUCAGUAACAUUAGCAAAGGAACAUUUGCAGGUCUAACAGAACUGGUGAGCCUAAAUAUUUCUGGAAAUCUCCUUGGAGAAAUUACAAUCAAAAGUUUUGAAAGCCUGUGGGCUUCCCCUCUUAAAACCUUGGAUCUUAGUGUAAAUCAUAUUGGAGCCAUCCAGUUUGGAGCAAUGGAUGGUCUUGUUUCGCUGUCAUCGCUGAACUUAAGGGACAAUGCUCUGAAGCAAAUACCUCAAGUCAAACUCCCAGCUUUAACUUUGGUACUGCUAAAACAAAACCGCAUCGAAGACACGUAUGGGUUAGCCUCUUUCUGCCCAAACUGCACUUUCCUGGAUCUUUCAAGCAACCGACUAACUGACCUGAGGUCCUUGAGGGAUAUUCUGCAGCUGAAAUCUCUGAAAACCCUGCUAUUAAGCAGUAAUAAACUCUCCCGUUGUUCCUCUGCUAGCAAACCCAUAAUCAAGUCUGAAUUGCAUUAUUUGGAUCUGUCUGAUAACGAUUUGGGACAGAUUUGGAACUCUGGACAGUGUUCAGACAUCUUUACGAAUCUGGAAUUACUUGAAAUUCUUAGCCUUUCAAAGAAUUACAUCUACUCCUUUCCCGAAGAUUUAUUCCGUGAUUUAAAGAGCCUUCGAUUUUUAGAUCUGUCAAGAAAUAACCUCAGACUCAUCCCAGAACAGCUCUUCACUGGCCUUAAAGCACUGAAAACCCUAAAUAUAGGGAGCAAUAAUCUUAUUACCCUCUCAUCUUCCAGUUUUAAAUCUCUGGCUUCCUUGCAGACCCUUGAUCUGUCGCCAAUGACACUUGCAUGUGACUGUGGUCUCAUUGACUUUUGGAACUGGAUGAAGUCAACUAAUGUCACAGUGAAUGUCAGCCAAAGUGGAGAUUUAACAUGUUUUAGGUUGUCCUCACCUAGCCAGGAGAUGACAUUGGUGGCCUAUUUUAAUGAAUGUUAGUAAUAUGUAUUUACUGUGUAUAACUCACUAAUAAAAAACAUAUUCAGACUGUA